AUGCCGUGCGUUUCAUCCAGACCCACCUGGCUUGCUCUUCCGUACGGAGCCCUAAUAGUAGCCAUGGGUCAGCAGCAAUCUGCAUCCCGCCGUCAUCCACUGACAUCGCGCCAGUUGGCGGAAUCAGGAAACAAUGUGUCCAAGGCGGUGCGGCAGCACGUGCUGCAGGGCGCAGCGAUUGCCGGCAACCAGCCAGACCCGUUGAAUGAAAGCCCGAGGUCGGCCGCAGCUGUUGCAGCGGAUGAUCCUUUUUCCGCAAGCGGCGGGUUGAUCGGAGGAGAGAGGUCGGCGGGGGAUGACAGCGCGCGUGGAAUGUCGGAGGUGUGCGGAAUGUCGGUGCUGGAGGCGGUGGAGGGGCUGUCGGAGGCGGAGUUGAUCGAGUUCCGCGACUGGAUGACCUCCGCGUGGCGAUGCGCCAAGUGCGGCAACGAGCGGGAGGACUGGACGAGGCGGCAUCGCCUGAGAGCCAUCUUCGACGCCGUGGGCAUGCACCAACCGUCCUCUGCGCCUCUCGCGACAGAACAGCCUGCCUCCUCCUUGACUUUCCCCGCUCCGCCUGCUCCGCGCAGCCCUCUGCUUUCCCCCACUCCCUCCGCGACGCCGCCAGUUCCCCCCCGGCGUCCGCCAAUGGGCAGUAACCGUCUAUCUCCCGCCAAUCCAUCGGCCCUCCCGCCCCUGUCCCCCACGUUCGGGUCGAGCUUAGAAGCUCAUCCGCGCUCGUUCGGCAGCGCGGAGGCCCACGGAAAGGCGCACUUCUCCCCGCACUCCGCGGCCGCACUCUCGCGCGCGCGCGACGAGGACGCGCAAGGCGCUACAGAGCAGGGGGGAGCUGGUAGCGGGCUGGCGGAAUGUACAGAGAAGGAGGCGGACGGGGGAACGGGAAUGGCAGCGGGGGAGGCAGCGGAGGCGCGGACGGGAUACAAGCUGUGGGGGCGCAAGGGCGGCAGCAGCCGCAACACAGACGCGCUCGCGCUCGCGUCACUCUCCGCCGCUGCAGCCGCCAGUGUGGGGAGUGGUGGCGGCGCUUCUGCUGCUGGUGGCGGGUUGGGUGGGACGGGCGGGGGCGGCAUGCGCCCGCCGCCGUUGCGGCGCACUGUCACCGCCACCGCCGCCAUGACCUCCUCCUUGCUCUCCGCCGCCGCCGCUGCCUUCGCGUCCCCCGCGCACGACCUCCGCCCCGCGCAGUCCUCGUCGGGAUCCAUUCCGCUCAACCCCAUCGUGCGCACGCGUGCAGCCAGUAACGACUCUGCUGCCACGUCAGCAGAGAGCGCAGGAGCUGUCCCGCCUUCCCGCUCGCCCGUUCUCUCCGCGGACAAGCCCGCCUCGGGGCCGCUCAAGGCGUCGAUGUCCAGUUCCGCAGGCGACGCGGGGGAUGUGCGCCCGCCCUUAGGCGCACAGCGGUUCGCGCUGGGCUUUUCCAUCCCGCGCACCCACUCCGCUUCCCGCGCGCCCGCGUCGGGCGUUCCGUCAUCCACCCCGCCACCUCCAUUACCCGCGUCAUCACCGCUGUCAGCCACGUCAGCAACUGGGGCCACGAGCCUCCAUAGGGGAUUGUCGGGGAGGUUGAAGGGCGCGCUAGGCGGGCUCGGGGGCCUGAGGCGCGCGCGGUCGGAUGCGGCGCAGCUGGCGGAAAUGAUGGCAGUGAGCGGGGACCUAGUCGGGGGGAACAGGGACGGGGGAGCGGAUGGCGGUGCCGCCGUCGGGGGGCUGGGGGAGAUUGAGCUGUUGGCGGCGACGGCAGAGGAGGGGGAGGGCGCGGAAGGCGGAAAGGGUGGCGCAGAGGGCGACAAGGGGGGGAGUGGGCUGGGCGGGCGGAGACGGCGAGGGCGGAAGAAGAGCUUGGGGCAGGUGGGGCGGAGCGUGAGUGUGCAUGCGGGGGAGCAGAGCCCGUUCGGGGCGGGGAACGGCGAGUACGGGGCCGAGGGGGGGCGCAGUGCGCACAGCAGCGGCAGCAGCCAGCAGAGCCAGGCGCUUGGGGGGGUGAGUGGAGGGACAGGACUUUCAGGCUGCCCGAUGGGGCUGGGCGCGGCAGCAGCGUCGGCAGCCGCAGCAGCCGCUGCAGCAGCAGCGCGGGAGGGCGGCAGCGGGCGGCGCCCCAUGCCGCGGUCGCGCAGCUACGAGACGGUGGCGCACGUGGAGAGCGACGGCGCGCGGGCGGGCGGAGGCGCUUGGGCGGGCCAGGGGGGCGAGCGGGGGGAAGGAAAUAAGGGGAGUCCGGGGAGGAACAGUGGAGGGAGUGCGGGCGGGGAGGCGGGCAGGGGGGAAGCGGAGAGGGGCGAGGCGGGGAGGGAGGAGGGUGGGAAGGGGGAGGUGUCAAUGGAUCGCAAGAUGCUGCGCGCCAUCACGACGGCACAGAUGCUGCUGCAGUCCGACCAGGUGCCGCAUUGCACCACUCGUCAUGGCACUCGUCAUGGCAGUGCCCAUGCCUCGGCGGGGGCGGGGAGGGUGAUGGAGCAUGUGCUGGGCGCGCUGCUGGACAUGACGGGGUCGCAGUUCGGCCUCAUCGGCUCCGUGCUCUUCCAGGCCAACGGCUCGCCCUACCUCAAGUCGCACGCGGCGUCCAACAUAGCAUGGACGGAGGAGCUGCAGGUGUGGUACCGGGACAACUCGCACAGGGGCCUGGUGUUCACCAACACGUCCAACCUGCUGGGCGCCGUGCUGCUCUCCUCCGCGCCCGUCAUCUCCAACCGCCCCGCCCUCGACCCCCGCUCCGGCGGCGUGCCCCCGGGCCACCCUCCGCUCUCCGCGUUCAUGGGCGUGCCGCUCAUUGUUGGGUCGGAGAUGAUAGGCAUGUACGCGCUGGCGAACAGGGCGGGUGGGUACAGCACGGCCAUGCUGCAGGAGCUGGAGCCGCUCACCGCCAGUGCGGCCGUGAUGCUGCAAGCGGUGCACGAGAGGAAGCGCAAGCGUGACGCUGAGCUGCGCCUGCUCUCCGUCCUCCAGGUCACUCUCUCCCCCCCCAUCCCCCCCCCUCUUCCCCGCUCGCUUUCAUCUUCCCUUCCCCCGGUGCUCGUGGCGUUCUCUCCAUCCCUGCACUGGGGGCACGUGCCGUGCCACUUCCUCCCAUGCGUUGUCCUCUCGCUCGGCUCGCUCCUCUCCAUGCCACACCCCUUCCUCUUCCCUCCGCCUCCAUUACCUUCCACCUGCUCAAAACCCCCAUCCGCUUCCCCCUUAACCCCUAUUCUUCCCGAUCCCUGCCUUUUCCCUUCCCACCGCAUGUGCCAGGUGGCGCGGGACGGGCUGAUGACGGUGGGGGGGGACGGGCGGGUGACGUGGAUGAACGGGGCGGUGUGUGGGCUGUUUGGCAUGGAGGAGCACCACGGCCACGCGGACGCCAUGGGCGCACUGCACGUGAAGGCCUUCAUCCACUCCAUUGAAGGCUCGCCCCACUACCUCUCCCUCGGCGAAUGGCUUGAUGAUGUGUUGCAGUGGUGCGUGAUCCUAUUCGCGAGGAUGCGGAAGAAGGCGGACCCGCAGAGGGCGGCAGAUACUGACUGUACAGUUGUCGCGGCGCCGAAAUGGCGGUACGUGCAGUGCAACAUCAAGGGGAUGCUGGCGAAACGGGAAGAACAGCGGGCCAACGGUUCGGCAGCGCCGACAAAGGCGAAGCAGACGGCGGGACGGACAGGCCGGGACAACAUGGAGGACGGGAUUUCGGGCGACAGUCGCAAGGCGUCGUCGAGCGACAAGAACCACAUCACGCUGCGCAGUCGGCGCGUGCGCACAUCUGGAAGUAGCGAAAGCAGUGGUCUUUUGGGCGGACGACUCUUAGCUGGCAACGAGCCGCCCGUAUCCGCGAUGUUCCCCGUGACAGCUGUCACUCAGAGCGCCGCCUCGGACGUCGAGCAGCCGCAUGGCGCCUCGCCGUGCGACAAGCGGCGGCAGUCCGCGGAGGAGGGGCUGAGCGUGUACAAGCGGCGGCGCAUGAGCUCCUUGCCGCCCGCCACACACCCGCUCGCUACCCUGCCCACCAAUGCCGUUAGGGUUAGCUCCGCUGCUCCGACCGGGGGAGAGCAGAGCGCGGGAAGCACGGUGAGCACGGCUGGUGCGGAAGCAAAGGCGGAGUGGAGUAGCGGAGACAGGGAAGCCGGCAGUAGAGAUGCGCCUUCUGCUGCUGCCUUGUGCGCGCAAGGAUCUCAGGCGCAGGCGCAGGAACAGGCGGGACCACAAGCAUGCGCAGAGGCGAGCGAUGGGAGGCAGGCAAAUGGGGAGUGGAUGGGGGCCGUUGAUCCCGCUGGUCCCGCGGUACUGGAGGUGGAGGUGGCGGGCGAAGUGGCGGUGGCGCUGCACCGCGUGCCCCCGCGCGCGCCGCCACCCGCGCGGCUGCUGCACCCGCCGGUGGCUUUUGAGAGCUCUGUUGAGCCAGCGACCCUUCGCCCUGCUGUGUGCGUGGUGGAAGCGGGAGGGGGUGCGGAGGUAGCGGCCGUGGCGGUGCUUGCGGCGAGCCCUGUGGCGGGGCAGGCAGGCAGCCCGCACGACUCGAGCCACGAGCACGCGGACGGGGACUCGCUGGGGUGCGGUUCUGACUGCGCCAUCUGCUUCCGCGCGUCAGGGGAAGGGGAUGCAGCGGCGGUGGUGCAGAGCUGUGAGGGGGACGCUGCUGGCACACGCGCUGGGGGGAAAGUGGGUGGAGACAAGGAGAGUGGGGACAAGGGGAGGGACGCCGAUGGUGGGGACAAGGAGAGCCAUGGCACGGACGGCAGCGCAAAGGAGGGGGGUGCGAAGGUCGCGGCUACCAUGCCAGGACCGAAUGGGGUCAUUCCCCGGGGGCCAGGCUCCUGUGGGCAAGCCUCCACUGCCCUGCCCGCCUUGUCCCCCCUUGCUCCCAUGUCCGACUCCCCUUCCCUUGCCCAUACCGGUUCAGGCGCACCCAAACCCGCGGGCGAGGCGGGCAGCCCGUGCGAAGCGGGCAGCCCUUGGGAAAUACCGGGGGCGGGCGGGCAGCAGAGAAGCGAGGGCAAGGCGGAAGGGGGCGAGAAGGGCGGGUUGGAGCGCGGCGUGGGAGGGGUGCAGGCGAGUCACAGGAUGGUGGCUGAGAAGGCUGAGGACGCUUGUGGGGAGGUGAUGGAUGCGUGCGAGCAGAUGGGUGGGGAGAAAGGAGACGGUGGGGCCCGAGGAGGAGACUUCACAGCGGACGAGAAGGUUGUAGUGAGGGAAAGCGGUCUGAAAGACUUGGGUAUGGACGAGGUUGAAAUGAAAGUGCCUGUAGAGAUCGAGGGUGCUGCGGUGGUGAAGGAAGAAGGAAGCGGUGAUGCUGAGGGAGAUACAGGCAAGGCGAGUGCUGGCAGCAGAGAGAAGAAGGUUGGCAGCAGAGAGAAGAAGGUUGGCAGCAGCGAGAAGAAGGUUGGCAGCAGCGGUGGUGUGAAGCGGGAAGAUGAGGUGACAGUGAAGGCAGAGCGAUCAGGGAACGAGGGUGGUGGUUUAGCAGAGGGGGAGGGCAGAGCAGUGGGAGGGGGUGGGAGUGAGGGAGGAGGGGAGGCGGCCAUGCUGGUGGAUUAUCCCGACGAGGACGACCUCGCCUGCAGCAAGCGCCGCCUCUUCCCCGAUGGCCCCCCUCUGCCUGCUCCGCCUGCUGCUGCCCCCCGCCCUCCUCUUCCUCCUCCGCCUGCUCCCACCGGGCCUGCAGUGGCAGCAGCGCGGGUGCAGGUGAAGUGCGAGGCGGGUGAGAGCGAGGGUGUGCCUGUGAAACGCGUGACUGUGACUCAUGCCGCUGCUCCUGCUGCUGCCAAGGCUGCUGCCCAUGCACGGCUGGACAAGAAGGGGGGGCAGCAGGUGCGGGAGGAGGCGGAAGGAGGUGCAGCAGCAGCAGCAGGGCAGAGUGACAAGAGCCGGCUGACGCCAAAGCGGCGGCGGCUGAUAGAGAGCUACGUGGACCGGCUGAUGGCCGACCUGCAGCGCCCUCAGUGGAUGGAGCUGCCAUUGGCUGGAGUGGAUCCAAGGGCUCUCAUCGGCCGACUGUGCAAGGUGUACUGGCCGCUGGACGAGCGGUGGUACGCGGGGCUGGUGUAUGCAUAUGACGCGCGCACGGGCAAGCACCAGGUGCGGUACGACGAGACGGAGAGCGAGUGGCUGCGCAUGGCAGCUGAGCGCAUCAAGCUGCACCUCCCCCGCCACGACCCCCUCCUCGCUCUCUGCCCCACCCCCCCUCCCCCUCCCCCUGCUGCUGCUUCUGCUCCGCCCCCUGCUGCUGCUGCGGCUGCUACGUGUGCCACUGGCCCCCCGGUGGAGGAUUGUGGGAAGGAGGAGUGCAGCAGGGAUGGCGGCGAGCCAGGGUGUGAGAGAGAGGAGGAGCAGGGGAGGGAGGAGGAAGGGGAGGACGAACGAAGCGGGGACGAGGGGGAGGAGGAUGAGGACGAGGAGGGGGGAGUGGAGUUGGUCGGGGAGGGAGGGAAGGCGGGAAAGGGUGGCAAGGGGAGGGGGUGGCGGGGCAGGCGGGGGUGGCAGGGGCGGGGGCAGGGAGGGCGCGAGCUGGCGGAGCUGGCAGCGAGCAUGGCGCGGGACAUGGACCCUGCUCGCGCUGCUGUGCUGGCCGCCGCUGCCAUGCUCUCCGCCUCCACCCGCACUGCGCCCAGAGACCACAGGGCCGCGGACCAGGGGUCUGCGCCCAAGGCCAAGGCGGAGGGGCCAGGGGCGGGGGCGGGGGCGGGAGGGGGGGCUGUUCGGUGGGAGGGCACAGGGGCGGGCAUAGCAGGGGGGACGGGGGGGCCGCUGGAGGAGCUGAAGCUGGGGCGGUUUGGCGCCAAGGAGCUGGUGUGGGCGCGCGUCAAGGGGCACCCAGCAUGGCCGGCCAUGGUGUUGGAUCCGGCAGUGGCGGAGCGAGUGGGGCUGCGGGCGGUGAGGGAGGGCGGGGCGGGGGAGGUGCUGGUGCACUUCUUCGGCUCCUACGAGUGCAGCAUCGUUGCCGCCUCUGCCGCCUGCCCCUUCCUGCUCGGCCUCGCCAAGGGGCUGCACAACAAGAGCAAGGCCGCCUGCUUCAAAACCGCACUUCAUGAAGUCGAAAGGUUCCUACUGGUGGAGGAGCUGCCGGCGAAAAUGGCGUUCCUGCACGGAUCAGGGUCGGAGGAGGGCAGCGACGAGGGCAGUGAGGAGGAGUCGGGCAGUGAUGGGAGCAGUGGGGAGGGCAGCGAGGGGGCGAGCGAGGAGGGCAGUGAGCGGCAGAGUGGCAGCGGGGAGGGUAGCCAGAGCAGUGGCGAGGAGGGGAAAGGGGCAGCAGAGGCGGAUGAGGGGGAGGGGCAUGGGCGCAAGGGGUCGAGGGCGGCAGGCAGCGCGGGCAAGAGUGGGGCGGAGGUGGGGGGACGGGCAGCAGUGGUGGGAGGCAAGGUGGUGGAUGGGCGUGGCGUGGGGCAGGCAGGAGCAAGUUCAGGGGGGUGUGGAGAGGCAGAUGGGCAGGGGGACGGGAAGGUAGGGGAGGCGAGGAGGAGCGGGGGGCAGGCAGUGGGGUCGGAUGCGGUGAUGGGGGGUGACUCCGCCACCACGGCCACGUCCCCGCCGUCCCUGCCCCUGCACAUCGGCUCCCUCACCCUGCUCUCCCUUGGUGCGCCCCCCUCCUCCCUCACCCUGCUCUCCCUUGGGCGAGUGCUGCCGGGCGAGCCUGGCUUCCACACGGCGCAGCACAUCUACCCUGUCGGCUACAAGGCUGUCCGCCCCUUCCCCUCCGCCCAAGACCCGCGUGUGGUGGUGAAUCACGUGAUGGAGAUCCUUCAGCAGGCGCCCCCUCCUCCUCCGCCCCCUCCUCCUCCGCCCCCUCCUCCUCCGCCCCCCACUGCUGCUGCACCAGCGCCAGCAGCAGCGCCAUUUGUGCCCUCGAGGGAAGGGGCAUGGCGGCGCCCCCAGCUCCGCCAGACACCACAGCGCAUGCAGCAGCAGCAGCCCAAGGGGGGCAAGAAGCCACAGCAGAAGAAGCAGCCGCCUGGCGCCUCCGGGACUGCUGGAAACACCCCAGUGCCUGGUGGUCCAAUCUUUCGAGUCACUCCAGAAGGCUCUGAUCCGGUGGAGGGCCCAUCACCGGGCGAGUGCUGGCGCAUCAUCCAGAGGCGCGUGGCGGAGGCCAAGCGCCUGCUGCUGCAGCACCUGCACCCGCCCAGCACUGGCGCAGGGGGAGGGGCAGGCGGAGGGGCAGGGGCAGUUACGGGGGCAGGGACAGGGGGUGGAGGCACGGGGGGAGGGGAAGGGAGGGCGCUGAGGGGCGGGGGGCCGAUGAUGGUGCCGCUGGCGGUGCUGCUGCAGCGAGGCGAGGGCAGCGGUGGUGCGGUGCUGCGUGCUGGAGCAGAUGCAGAGGGGACCGGUGGUGGCAGGACAGGCGCGGAGGCAGAGGCGGGUGAUGGUAGCCGGGCAGGGGCGGCAGAGGCAGGGGGGGGUGAUGGGGGCAAAGCAGGUGCAAGGGCGGAGGAGCAAGAGAGAAUAGCAGCGGUAACGAGCGGUGGCCGUGGGGCGGAGGAUGGCCAGGCACAGAUUGAAGGCACACAGCGGACAGAGAGGGAUGGUGGGGGCGGGGGCAGAGAGGGCGCUGUGGGGCAGGGAGGGGCAGAGGCGGAAGCAAUGGAGGUGGAUGGGGGCGGAGGGGACGAGAGGGGGGACACAGCAGCAGGCGUCCAAGGGGCUUCGUCCCAGGGGGGGCUGCCUGCAGGGGACCCUCUCAGGUGGGCCUUCCCCCCCGCCUCUGCAGCGCGCCCCCUCGCCGCGUCCCCCUCAUCCGCGCCCCCGCUCACCCCCUCCCCCCUGCGGCCGCCGUGGCAGGCGCUGCCAGCACAGGGCACAGGGGGCGGGGCAGCGCAUGGCAGUGGCAGCCCGCGGUGUGGGGGUGAGUGUGGUGGGGUGAGUGGGGGGUGGGGCGGCAGCGGUGGCAGCUGUGGCAGCGGGGGCAGCAGGGGCAGCGGGCGGUGUGGGGCAUGGCUGCCGUCGCACCACGUGCGGUCGGGGGCUCAGAUGUUCGGCCUCACCCACCCACGAGUGGCGCACCUCAUUCAGGGCCUGCCCAACGCCACCCGCUGCCACCAGUUCACCGCGUGGGUCAACGCCCCUCGCCCUGCGCCUGCUUCCAACACUGCGGACGCCAGCAGGGGCGAGAGGGCGCGACAGGCCAGUGCGCCGGCAAAGCAGCAGGGGGAGGCAGCGCAGGGGGCGCGGGCGGGGGCCGUGGUGGUGAAGGAGUCGCGGCUGCCGGCGGGGUUCAAAGCGGUGGAGUACCGGCAGGCGUCUCUCGACCGCUGCGACGUGUGCUGCCUCUCCGAGGAGUACGAGGACGACCAGCUGCUGCAGUGCGACAGCUGUCGCAUCAUGGUCCACAUGGCGUGCUACGGCGUCAGAGAGCCGCCAGAUGGCGGGUUGUGGCUGUGCGACGUGUGCAGCAAGUACGAGCGGCAGGGCAAGCGCGAUGCCAAGCCCCUCUGCUGCCUCUGCCCCGUGCAAGGUCAGUGCCCCGUGCAAGUGCCCGUGCAAGGUCAGUGCCCCGUGCAAGGUCAGUGCCCCGUGCAAGUGCCCGUGCAAGGUCAGUGCCCCGUGCAAGGUCAGUGCCCCGUGCAAGGUCAGUGCCCGUGCAAGUGCCCCGUGCAAGGUCAGUGCCCCGUGCAAGGUCAGUGCCCCGUGCAAGGUCAGUGCCCCGUGCAAGUGCCCGUGCAAGGUCAGUGCCCCGUGCAAGGUCAGUGCCCCGUGCAAGGUCAGUGCCCCGUGCAAGGUCAGUGCCCCGUGCAAGGUCAGUGCCCCGUGCAAGGUCAGUGCCCCGUGCAAGGUCAGUGCCCCGUGCAAGCGCCCGUGCAAGGUCAGCGCCCCGUGCAAGGUCAGCGCCCCGUGCAAGGUCAGUGCCCCGUGCAAGUGCCCGUGCAAGGUCAGUGCCCCGUGCAAGGUCAGUGCCCCGUGCAAGUGCCCGUGCAAGGUCAGUGCCCCGUGCAAGGUCAGUGCCCCGUGCAAGUGCCCGUGCAAGGUCAGUGCCCCGUGCAAGGUCAGUGCCCCGUGCAAGUGCCCGUGCAAGGUCAGUGCCCCGUGCAAGGUCAGUGCCCCGUGCAAGGUCAGUGCCCCGUGCAAGCGCCCGUGCAAGGUCAGCGCCCCGUGCAAGGUCAGCGCCCCGUGCAAGGUCAGUGCCCCGUGCAAGGUCAGCGCCCCGUGCAAGGUCAGCGCCCCGUGCAAGCGCCCGUGCAAGGUCAGCGCCCCGUGCAAGGUCAGCGCCCCGUGCAAGGUCAGUGCCCCGUGCAAGGUCAGCGCCCCGUGCAAGGUCAGCGCCCCGUGCAAGUGCCCCGUGCAAGCGCCCGUGCAAGGUCAGCGCCCGUGCAAGGUCAGUGCCCCGUGCAAGGUCAGUGCCCCGUGCAAGGUCAGUGCCCCGUGCAAGGUCAGCGCCCCGUGCAAGGUCAGCGCCCCGUGCAAGCGCCCGUGCAAGGUCAGCGCCCGGGGAAAGGCAAGGGCCCGUGCAAGGUCAGCGCCCCGUGCAAGGUCAGUGCCCCGUGCAAGGUCAGCGCCCCGUGCAAGGUCAGCGCCCCGUGCAAGUGCCCCGUGCAAGGUCAGUGCCCCGUGCAAGGUCAGUGCCCCGUGCAAGGUCAGUGCCCCGUGCAAGGUCAGUGCCCCGUGCAAGGUCAGCGCCCGUGCAAGCGCCCCGUGCAAGGUCAGCGCCCCGUGCAAGGUCAGUGCCCCGUGCAAGUGCCCCGUGCAAGGUCAGCGCCCGUGCAAGGUCAGUGCCCCGUGCAAGGUCAGCGCCCGUGCAAGGUCAGCGCCCCGUGCAAGUGCCCCGUGCAAGGUCAGCGCCCCGUGCAAGGUCAGCGCCCCGUGCAAGGUCAGUGCCCCGUGCAAGUGCCCCGUGCAAGGUCAGCGCCCGUGCAAGGUCAGUGCCCCGUGCAAGCGCCCGUGCAAGGUCAGCGCCCCGUGCAAGGUCAGUGCCCCGUGCAAGGUCAGCGCCCCGUGCAAGUGCCCGUGCAAGGUCAGUGCCCCGUGCAAGGUCAGUGCCCCGUGCAAGGUCAGCGCCCCGUGCAAGGUCAGCGCCCCGUGCAAGGUCAGUGCCCCGUGCAAGGUCAGCGCCCCGUGCAAGGUCAGCGCCCCGUGCAAGGUCAGUGCCCGUGCAAGGUCAGUGCCCCGUGCAAGUGCCCCGUGCAAGGUCAGUGCCCCGUGCAAGGUCAGUGCCCCGUGCAAGGUCAGCGCCCGUGCAAGCGCCCCGUGCAAGGUCAGCGCCCCGUGCAAGGUCAGUGCCCCGUGCAAGUGCCCCGUGCAAGGUCAGCGCCCGUGCAAGGUCAGUGCCCCGUGCAAGGUCAGCGCCCGUGCAAGGUCAGCGCCCCGUGCAAGUGCCCCGUGCAAGGUCAGCGCCCCGUGCAAGGUCAGCGCCCCGUGCAAGGUCAGUGCCCCGUGCAAGUGCCCCGUGCAAGGUCAGCGCCCGUGCAAGGUCAGUGCCCCGUGCAAGCGCCCGUGCAAGGUCAGCGCCCCGUGCAAGGUCAGUGCCCCGUGCAAGGUCAGCGCCCCGUGCAAGGUCAGUGCCCCGUGCAAGGUCAGCGCCCCGUGCAAGGUCAGUGCCCCGUGCAAG